AUGCAGCUGAAGACUAAAUUUCACAAUUUCCUAGACCAAGACCCAGAUAACAAAUUUCAUAACUGUAUAAACAUCGAAAAUGAAUUAAUACAUAAUAUGCACCAACUUUAUAAACAAAAGUAUGAGAAGGAAAGUAACAGAUAUAUUUUUAACCAGACGUCUUACUUGAUCGAAUCUAACAAUAAUUCAGAAUUUCUCCCGUUGAGUAAAACAUUAGACACAAAUAACAUAUGUGUUUCCUUGAAAUUAAAGUUGGAAAUAAUAAACAGAAAUGAAGAAGAAGAAGAAAUAGAAGACCCUCCCGAUUCAUGCAUAUAUUUUGAUAUUAACCCCGAAGGAACCAUGUCCAGAAAUCAGAAGAAAUUCAUUUACCAGUAUAGGAACACCAACAAAAUGAGCGAUGAUAGCUUAGACCAUUUGACUAGGGAGGAGAAGAUGAAAUAUUUUACCGCUCUGUCGAAUCAACUUGCUGGAAAAGUAGUGGUCUAUCAUGAUUCCAAGUAUAAACUAAUAAGUGUGCUCCAGACGGCCAUCUAUGGGAGUGUGUAUGUAUCCCAAGUUAUUGAAGAUUCAGACAUAAGUUUAGUGAACAGUCAGAAAGCUAUCAAAAUAUUAUCAAAGCACCUUAUAGAAAUGGCAAAGGAUAAAGUACAGGAAGAUCCUCUAUCAGAAUAUCACUAUCGAAAUUGCAUGAGUGGACAUAGUAAUAUCCUAAGUUGCGACAAAAUUUUUGAUGAUGAUUUGUAUGUAUAUAUGGUAAUGCCUUUUGCUAUACAUGGAGAUUUAUUCGAAGUUAUGAAAAAUAGAAACAGAGAAUUUUCAGAAGAAGAAGCAAGAUAUUUAUUUUAUCAAAUAUUAUUGUCUAUUAAAUUUUUACAUUCCCGAAAGUUAGCCUUAAGAGAUAUUUCCUUAGAAAAUGUACUUUUGUUUGAAAAUGAAAAGAAUGGAUUAAUUUACCCAGUUUUAAAUGAUCCUGGUCAAGCUACUUACUUUAAUGUUAACAAAAGAAAUGAAGUUAUAUUAGAAGAUUAUGAAAAAAUAUUUGGAAAAAUUUUCCGUCCACCUGAAAUAUAUGAGAAAUGUAAAUACGACCCAACAAAAAUUGAUAUAUUUUGUGUUGGAUAUAUUUUAUAUUUUUGCUUAACGAAACAUGAACUGUUCAGGUGCACUUUAAACAAAGAUACACAUUGGAACAUGUUGAAAAACCGGAAUUAUCAAGACUUACUGAGAGAAAAAAAGGGGAUGCAUUUAUCUGGUCAGGCACUAGAUUUUAUAUUUCGUUGCUUAGAACCCAAUUUCAAAGAUAGAUAUAAUAUCAAUGAAGCUUUAAAUCAUCCUUGGUUUAAAGGGGAUUUUUUUCCUGUACACAGUCAAAAUUUGUUUAUGAACCAAGGCGGCAAUGAUAUGCAUGGGACAUAUCCUUCAUCGAAGACCACUUUACAGGCUUUCAACCUUUCACAAGAAAUUGAAAAAUGUGCAAAAAAGAAAAAUUUGAAAAUAGAUCAACAUUCGAUAAUGCAAUUUAGUAUCCAUGAGCACGUUUUUGUGCCUCCUAUUGCCAACCUGCAGGUGCAGAACGGGUGUAGAGGUGCCUUAUCCUGUUUCUACGACAAUUAUAGGAAGGAAAAUGACAACAUGAUGAGUGAUAACUGGGUGGAUAGUAAACGGGUGAGUGAUAACUGGGUGGAUGGUAAACAGGUGAAUGGUUAUUGGCCAGUUGGUGAUUUGGCGAAUGAUGUUGAGCGCACUCUCAGACUAAACGCCCUGAGCAGAUGCACCCCCAUGGAACAUUUCAGCUGUAGGAAUUACAAUGCAAUUCACCAUUUUGAUGAUUUCAAAAACAAAAGUCGAGUAGCGGUUGCAUCUGACACGGCACCGAAUUGGGGUAGACCUAAUGGAGUUCCAUAUGAAGGGGUUUCACAUAAAUCGGUUUCACAUAAAUCGGUUUCACACAAAUCGGUUUCACACAAAUCGGUUUCACAUAAAUCGGUUUCACACAAAUCGGUUUCACACAAAUCGGUUUCACACAAAUCGGUUUCACACAAAUCGGUUUCACCUAACGAAUCUGCAACUAUCCCCAAAGCAGAAACUUACACAGGAAGAAACGGCACCUGUAAGGAAAGUCACCAUGGAAGAUCUCCCUACAUGAACGGUCAGGUAAAUAAGGUGUUCAACAUUAGCACAAGUGAUUAUCAAAAGUAUAGUAUGGAAAGUCGGAAUUGGAAAGAGAAGACUAAGAGCAUUGUCUACAAUUACACACAAGGUGAUUGUGCAAAGCAAUCGAACUGUUUGAAUAAAUAUGGAAACAUGAUGCAUAUUCCUAGUUGCAACAAAAAUUGUGUAGAGUGGGAUAACAAGCACGUGAACCCCAAAAAUGUACUCAAAAGUUGUAGUGACUUUAGAGAAAUGUCGAAAAUAAGAAUUUUAAAUAACCAUAAGAAAGAUAGAAACAGAAUAAUUGAACUGAAAAAAAAGAGAAAGAAAAAAUUAUUUUCUCAAGGAAGAAAUGAUUUCCAAUUUUUGGAAAGUCAAAGCAGAGGCAGUAAUCACCCAAUGGCUAGCCGGAUUUUUCAAAGGGAAAAACUAGUAGAAAAAGGGGGAGAAGUAGAAGUAGAAGAAGUAGGCGUAGUAGAUGCGGACGUAGAAAAAGAAGAAGAAAGAAAUUUAGACAAGAAGAGGUUCAAUAUGCUAAUAGCCCCAAUGGCCAAUAAGGCAAAUGGCCUUUUGACUAUCAUCGCCUCGAGAAAGCAAUUCAAAAAUGAAGUAGAUCUCGCAAAAAAUAGAAAAGGAUUAAAAAAUAUCAUUUCACCCGUUGGAAUUUUGGGAAGAAAUUCUUAUUUUCAAGUGAGCAGAAACAAGAACUGGGAAAACGAAAUAGCAUUAAAUAAUACUCAAGGGAAGAUUAAGCAAAUGGGUGAUAAAGAUGCAAGAAAUGUAGACAGUCAUCAAUUACAAGUGGCACGUACAGGUAACCAUAAAAAAGGAAUAUCUAAGAGUCAACAGGAGGGUAAGGAAAAAAUAAAAUUUGUUGAAAAAAAAACGGAGAAUGUCGUUUCCUAUCUUGAUGGGUUGGUGAAGAGCAAAUAUUUUAGCAAAAAUGACAUGCCAUGUGUUCCACAGAGGGAAGAUGUAAAUGUCAGAACCACAAGCAAGGGAAGCUUGUCCGUCGAUGCAAAGGACACAAACGAAGCUGAACCAAGUGGAGAUGAACCAGAAGAAGCUGAGACAAACGAUAGAUUCACUCCUAAUAAAAUGCCACUUCACAAGGAUACACAUUCACCCGGGGGUGGCACACUAAAACGAGAUACGUUUGAUACAAACAUUUCAAAUGAAAAAGAAGAAGGAAUGAAAAAUUGUUUCACUUGUAAAGAAAAAAUAGAUAUUUCGAAUAUUAUUUGCAAUUUGGAUAAACAGAAGCUUGUAAAAAUUAAUGCACGGGCUGACGUUGAUAAUGGUGAUCUAUGCUUCAAAAAUGCAAUGGAUACACUUCUAAAUAGUAUGGAGAAGAACAAUAUGGAAAGAUCCACUGUGAGGCAGAACUAUUGGAAUGAUAAUUAUAAUGAGACAAAAAGGUACUGUAACUUGGAAGAAAACAAAGUGAUAUGGAAUGGCAUUUUAGAAGAGGAUAUUAUUACUUCAUGCAAUCCUGAGUUGUGCAAUAUGAAGAAGGCAUACCAAGGAAUGGGAAGCAGCGAAAACACACCACAUAAAAGUGCUGACAUGGAAAAUACUCCACAUAAAAGUGCUGACAUGGAAAACACUCCACAUAAAAGUGCUGACAUGGAAAACACUCCACAUAAAAGUGCUGACAUGGAAAACACUUCACGUAGAAAUUCUAGCAGACACACAGAUGAGCAUCCUGAGCUCAGAGAGAGGAAUGAAAAUAUGGAAGAUGUUACAUUGGAUAAGGACAUAUUUACUGAUCAGUUUUCACCUCCCACAUGCUUAUUGGAAAUUGUUAGGAGCAAGAAAAACGAAACAGAGUCAUCAAAAUUGAGCAGCUUGUCAAGUGUUCAUUCCUAUUCUCCAGGGUCAUAUGACGACAAAAGUUCUAAUAUAACAAACGGAGAAGUUAAAUCACAUGAAGAGUGCAUAAUUUCGAAGAAGCACGAACAGUACAAUCGGCAGGGACAGAAAAAAAUUGAUUUAUUUGAUAGACACAGUAACGGGGAGUCAAGCCAGAUAUGCAGCGUUACAAGUGGAAGUGCGUCAAAUUCUCUAGUACAAGAAAAAGAAGAUAAAUUGGAAACUUUAAUAAGAAGUACGUCUUCAUGUUUAACGGAGGGUUGUUUAGAAAUUGGAAUAUCCAAAAUGGAAAAGGAGGCUGAAAUUUCAGGAGGUUCAAAGGAAAGGAAACACACACUGAUGAUAGGGAAAGACAUGCAGAUAGAUGGCAUGUUGAUGAAUCGUGACGAGUUAUUGGAUGAUGAGGAAGAGUUCAAAGAUGCAAUGGAAUAUGAAUUGGAAAACGAGUUAGAGAUGGAAAUAAAGGAGGAAGAGAAACAGCUGGAAAGAGAAUUAGAAAAGGAGUUAGAAAUGGAGCUAGAAAAGGAGCCAGAAAAGGAGACAGAAAAAUCAUUUGGAGUGGAAAAAGAAUCGGAGAUGAGCAUGGAAUUAGGAGUAGAAAUAGACAAAAAAUCAGAAAUGCAGCGGGGGAUGGAAUUUGAGAAAGAAUUCCACGAACAAAUGGAGGAACAAUUUUGCGAGGGGACUCCGUCACUAGAUGGAACCAACUGGGAAAAGGUCAAUCAGGAAAUAGUUUCUAAAUCUGCCAAAGAGAGAGUUCUAAACAAUUCUAUUGAAACAUUGGAAGACCAUUAUGUAUCCUUAUCAGAAGGGGGUCAACAAGAACCUGAAUGGGUAGUUGAAUCCAAAGACAUGCCAGUUAAAACACAUUCGAGGAAAAUAUAUAACCAUUUGAAAAGCACACAAAAGGAGAACAAUGAAAUACAAAAAUGCAAGAAAUCAAUGAAAAAAAAGAAAUUACAAGAGAUAAUAGAACCUAUUUUGGAUGAAGACGGAAUAGGAAAGAAUGAACCAGAUUCUGGGAAUACCUGUAGGAGAAGACAUAUACCAUGCAAAAUACAAAUAAAAAAAAAAACAUCCAUUAACAAAGUAAAGAAAGUAAAUUUUUAUUCCUCUUCAGAAAAGAACAAAAAAAAAAUGGUGAGACUUAAAAAGUACAUGUUUGAAAAUGAAAAAUGUUUACAUAGUGACAAGUUAAGGAGUUCUCGAAACGGAUCCAAUUUAGGGAGGAGCAUUCCUAAGAGGGAACAUGCGACAUCCAAAAAUGGAAAUUCACACUCUUUAAAAAAACAAAAAGAUGUGAAUUAUAGAAAAAGUGUAAAUAGUCCUAAUAACAUAUGUUCCACUGUCGAUUGCACAAAUAAGAAAAUAUCCGUAAAGAAUAAAAUGAAUAUUAAUUUUAAUAUGAACAAGAAGUGCAUAUCGAAACGUCACACUAUAUCGGAGAUUCGUCUCGAUUGUGCCAGCAAGAAGGGGAACACCAAUUCCAAAAACAGCAUCAUUUCAACCGCUAAAUCCAAUGCCAAGUUCAGCAUCAAACCUAACACCAAACCUGACACCAAACCUAACACCAAACCUGACACCAAACCUAACACCAAGCCUAACACCAAUGCGAACCUUUUUUCAGAACAAAUGGAUAAUAAAGCAAGAUAUAAAUUAAUAAAUGAAAAACCAAAGGAGGGAAAAAAAAUUCUACAUUUAUCUAAUUUUAGAACCACUGUUGAUGUCUCCUAUGACCUAAAUAAAAGACACAGUUGUACAGCAAUGUAUGAUAGAAAGAGUUAUGAAAAUUUGCACCUUCGCACAAUCAAACAAAGAUGGGAAGGGGAUCAUUUCCCCAAAUGGAAGGAAAAAAAUAUGCAAAUACAAUCUCUCACGAGGGGCAUAGUCAGAGGAGGUGCUAACUGUAGGAUUGGCAGAAGCGCUAGCAAAAAUGUAAUCAACAAGACAAAUGUCAGAGAAAGAAUACACCCUAACCGGCCAAGUGGGUGGAAAUGCAAAGAUAAUGAAAUGAAGCUUAAAAGGAUCCUGAAUCAGAAGAAGGGCUUGAACCAGAGCCCGAACCAGAUUCAUAGAUCUUUUCCAGAAGAACGGAAUAAAAACGCGCUAUUUGAGAACAAUCUGAGUAAAGGGAAUCUGAAAAGAAAAAAACACAAAAAAAACAAAUUAAUCGAACUCCACCAAGAUGAUAAACCACUCAAUAAGGAACUAACAUCUGAAGACAAGAACAAUUCCUUACCUAGGUUCUAUCAAGCGAAUCCGUUUACAAAAGGCAGCUCGAAAUGUGUAAUCCCAGGAUUUGGUAGUGAACAUUUAGAGGACAGAAUGUAUGGAAGAGAAAAAAACAGUAUUCUGGUAGAUAAUUUUUCUCAAAUGAGACAAAAUUCAAAUUUGGAUGAGGUAUUUCUUGGAAGUUUUAACCUAGCACAGAAAGAGACAUAUCGAAUUAAUGGAUUUAGUGAGUUCAUGAAUGGGAAUACAUCAUUCGAAGGGAUUCAAAGAGGAAAUUCAGAGGAGAAAAGUGAUAAAUAUUAUAAAAAUGGACGAAUAGGAAGAAUCAAAAAGAGUAAAGAGGUUCUUGCAGAUGAGAAUAUCUUUACAGCCAAACACUGCACGCUGAAGGGUGAACAUAUAAAUAGCGCAAAAGAAAAGAAUUCAAACAAUUCGAGGUCUCUUUCCCAAUGUUUAAUAAUAAAUGAAUUUUCUCCAUGUAAUAAAAGAAACGAUGAAAAUGACACAACACUCGAUUCAUUGCAUGGAAGUAGUAGUACUCUCGUUUUGACAUCUUUGAACAAAGAACAUGGGGGAGAUAAAGAAUUUAAGAAAGGAGAACAUAAUAGUAGUAGUAGUAGUAGUAGUAUAGAAACAUCAACUUGCUUAAAUAUGAAUCGGACUAGGAACUAUAGAGAAGAACCAACAUAUAUGAGUACAUUGGGUAGAAGAACGGCUAGAAUUUCUAGUGAUGAGUCAAUCAUGAAUAACUUUUUGAUCGAAAUGAAGGGGGAAUUAGAUUGCAAAUUUGGAAAGAGUAUAAGAAGGAAAGUAAAUAAUACUUUGGAUUAUUCCAUGAAUAAAAGAGUUCUUCAAGCAUUCAUUCAGAAUAAUGGAAAAUCCAAGGCACAACAAACGCCCCGAUUGGAAACGAAUGAUGAAAAAAGAACCCCUUUCAAAAAAGAAUAUGGUUCUUUGAGUAGAAGCAUAGCUGACAGUCCAAGGGGGAAUGUUAACAAAAAAUUGAAUAAUCCAAAUAGGAACAAAGUACUUCUGGAACAGAAAGAAUACAAAAGAGGGAACGGUGGAUUAGCCAAAGAUGGACUAGCCAAAGAUGGAUUAACCAAAGAUGGAUUAACCAAAGAUGGACUAGUAAAAAGGGAGACUGUUCGAUUGGGAGGAGAAAAGAAGAAGUGUGUGAAUACAUUGAAAGGUAGUGCAACUAGAUUGAAAGAUAUAAAAAUUGAAAGGGGUGCGAAUCACAGUAAUGUUUACUCAAGUAUGGGGGGUAAAGAUUACAGUUAUUUGGAAAAACGGAAAACUUACAUGCUUUAUUUUAAAAAAGGUCUAAAGGGAAAAAUAGAGGAAAUGAACCUUGGGGUGAGAAGAGAAAGUGGUAAGAAGUUGAAUAAAAUGAGGCUAGAAAAUGGAAGUGUGCUGACCAAACGAUGCUCAGAAAAUGACAAAAUGAAGAAUAAGCAUUGCUUUAAGCAAGAACGGUUCGCUAACUACACUACCAACAUGGACAUACCUCAUGAAGAAACCAAGUACAUAGACAAUAUGAGCACUGUUAAUAAAAGGGAAAAAAAAAAAAAGAUAUAUGAACAAGGUACUACAUCAAGAACGGAAGAAGGAAGUAGAUUUUCGAAAAGUGUUUCUCAUAAGGUAGACUACACUUCGUCAGACAAUAUUAAAGAUGGAAGAAAAGCAUUUUAUUUACUCGAAAAGAAGAGUGCCCCUUCUAAGUGUAGAGUGCAUUACAACUCGAUUAAUGACUUAUGUUUUGCUAAUAAGGGUGAGUUGAUAAUGCGUCCUGGAGUGAAGAUUGAUCCCAUAGAUGCUAAGAAGUUACAGUUUGAAGAUAGAUGUAAAAAAAGACAACAAUUGAAUUAUUUCGAUUUGGAAAAUUGUAAGAAUAUAUAUCCAUUGGUGAGACAAGACAUGAUGAUAAAGAAUCACAAAGACACAAUUACAAUUCAGAAGAGUGGUAGAAAAGAUGAAACGUGGAAAUUUCUCAGAAAAUCAUUACCAUCAAAUAUUCAACAGGAGAAGGAAAAACUAAUCAAAGGUGCUUCAUUAACAAAUAGGAAAAAUGAAAACAUUAUGAAAGGAAAGAUAAUAAAUAAUUUUGUCAAAAAGGAUUUUAUAAAAAUUGCAAAACAACAGGAUUUACCAUCUCUUCUGAUGAAUGUCCAAAUUGAAGAUUCCCAUUGUGCAGAUGAACAAUGGAUUACUACUAAUAACAAAUAUGGGAUAAAAAAUUCUCAAAAAAAGGAAAUGAAUAACAAUAAUGAAUUAAAUGAACAUGAAAAUAUGUCAAAAAAUAGAACUUUAUAUGUAUCAUCAAAUUGUGCUUAUCACAAUGAAGGGAAACACAGAAGAGAGAUAACCAAGGUGUAUAAUGCAACGAAUGGGACAGCCAAAGAGAUAGCCAACGAGACAACCAAAGAGAUAGCCAACGAGACAACCAACGAGACAACCAACGAGACAACCAACGAGACAACCAACGAGACAACCAACGAGACAACCAACGAAAGGUUGUUACAUGAACAGAUGGUGAAUACGCACAAAGGAGGAUCCACAGACUCAAUUGGUAUGAACCAUCCUGCAUUGGAGAUGAACACAAAUAGUUUGUUAUGUAGAAGCGUACCUUAUGCAAACGAUGCACAUGCAAAUAUCAAAGGGGGAUCUAAUAAUACAACGGGAUCAAGAAAUAAAAUGAAAGUUCAAACAAGGUAUUCUAAUCCAGGACUAGAUGACAACGCAGAAUAUACAAAUCCAAUGCAAAUGUGUAAUAAUAACGAACGCAUGAAAUAUAUUUGGUCGAUAAUGGGUAAUGAUAGACAUAAUAAUUUUAGGGAAAAUUAUGUAAAAGGAAAGACAAAGCAGAUUCACCAAUCUGCAAAGAAAAGAAUGCAUGAUCAUCUUAAUUUCUUCAAUAGGAAAACACAAAUUAAUGAUAAGAAGAAUUCUCUCCUGUGUGACAAAAAAAAAACAGUUUUCUUCCCAUGCUUGCAAUAUCAAAAAGGGGAUGCUAAUAUGUGUCAACUGCAACAAAGAGAAGGAAGAAAAAUCAGAAAUGAUGAUUUAUGUUUGAAUCUAAAUGUUGGCAAAAAACAUAUAUCUAGUUCGUUAAACCAGUUGAUGUAUUUGUGCCCCAACAAGUUAUCACUUGAUAUGCAGAAUAAGUCUGUCUUAAGUGGGAGAAACAUUGACACUGGUGAUGUCAGUAUCAUGCCUAUUAAAUUUGUCAAUCUGCAUGAACAUGUUAAUGUAAAAAACACCAUGGAGACAGAGUCCCCAAAUAAAAAGGGGAUCCAAACGAUCCCACCCGAUUUGAAGAAAGUAUCAAAUGUGCACUAUGAUAAUGUCAAUCGGAAUGAGGUGUACAAGGCAAGUAAAAAGACAUACAUGGUAGUAAGGGAGCUUAAUGGUCAUGCGAUGAAUGAUACGAAUGGUCAUGCGAUGAAUGAUACGAAUGGUCAUGCGAUGAAUGAUACGAAUGGUCAUGCGAUGAAUGAUACGAAUGGUUAUGCGAUGAAUGAUACGAAUGGUCAUCCGAUAAAUUAUAUGAAUCGUCAUGCGGAUUAUUACUCAACGGUUGGUGGUAACAUCCAGAAAAGGAACCCCCCAAAUGAUCCCAUUAUCAUAUCUGAUAGGGUUUUACCCAAUAUGCAUUAUUGGGUUCAAAAUACAUCUAUCAGAUGUGACAAAUCAAAGAUGACUAAUCGGGUGGUAGAUGAUGCAGAUGGAAAAAGAAAUGAAAUCAUGAAAAAGAAAAGAUACUUUAGAGCAGAGGGUAAAAGAGAGAAAAAUAUUCAAAAUAUAAGAAAUAGCCAUGAAUGUGACAAUGAAAAUAUGAAAGAUGUAAAAAAGAAAACAUAUAAAAAAAUGCCAUUACAAAAAAAAACAGAUGACCAAGAGGAUCCUCAUCAAAUGAAAAACGACUCAACUAAAGGAAGAAAAAAAAAUAAUUCAAAUUUGAGCAUAUUUUGGUGGAAACUUAGAGGAGAAUGA